AUGCCCGGAGUCUGGAAUGUGGUGUGCCUUGGGAUGCUGUCCUGCUCUGUCUGGGUGGUACGGGUUGGCUGUGACCCUCAGGGAGACCGGCUCGGGCACGAGGUCAGGGACGCGGUGCUGAGGGAGCUGGGGCUGGCGGACGUCCCGCGCCUGACCAAGAGGGACCUGGAGGAGGUGGUGGUGCCCACCCGCCUGAGGAACAAGUACCUCUCCAUGCUGCAGCUCCACAAGGAGAAGGAGAGGAAGCGGAGGGCCCUGCCCAGCCUGGCCGGCAUCUUGCGGGGAGUUCCUGGCAACGCAGACACCACCGGCGACGUGCUCUACUCGGACCCCACCAGGCAGAGGCUGGUUUUCGACAUGAAGGGGCUGAUCCCCGACAACAGCGAGGUGACCCUGGCCGAGCUCAAGCUCUUCAAGAAGGGCGUCCGCAAGGGAGAGCUCCCUGCCCGGAGACACGGCCGGCCAGUCAACAACGCCAGGGUCAGUGUGUACUGGGUCAAGACCCUGGCCGACGGCACCAAUAGGACCUCCCUCAUCGACUCCAGGCUGGUCCCCAUCCUCGACUCUGGUUGGAAGAUGUUCGAUGUCACCCAGGCCAUCCACUACUGGCAGAACACCGAGGAGCUCCGCAUGUACCUGGAGGUGUGGAUUGAAGCUGAGCGUCCGGGGCGGCAUGCGGCUGAGCUGGCCAGGUUCGUCAGCUUUACCUCCCAGGAUCCCACCAACCGGAUGCUGGGAAAACCGGAGCUGGUCCUCUACACCCUCAGCUUCAGUGAAUAUGGUGCCGUUGGCGACUGCGGGGGGAGCCGAACCCGGAGGAGCAGAGCGUGCUGCAGGCAGGAAUACUUCAUCAACUUCCGGGAGCUGGCGUGGACCCAGUACUGGAUCAUCGAGCCCCCCGGCUACCAGGCCUUCCGCUGCGUGGGGGGGUGCAAGCAGCCGCGGUGGCCCUUCGAGUACGGGGAGAGGAGCUGCGCGGCGGUGGAGAGCGCCUCGCUGCCCAUGAUGUACCUGGUGAAGAAGGGCGACUACACGGAGAUCGAGGUGGCCGAGUUCCCCAACAUGAUCACCGAGAAGUGCGGCUGCAGCACCGACAACAUCUCGGUCAUAUAGCCGGCUGGGGCAGUGCUGACCUGUCACCCUUGACAGCACCUUCCCCGCCCCCCCCCCCGCCCACUGACCCUCCCCUCCUUCCACUUUAGGCCCAGCCGGCCUACGUCACCGUGGUUACCGGCCCUGCCACCUCUCUUGAUGGCCACCCCAGCAGGAAGGGCAGAGGGUUUUAUUCGGGGAGGGGUGUUGCUGAGUUCUCGUCGAGCCUCCGCCCUCAAAGUGGAGGGCUUUUUAUCCGGAAUCGACCCCGCCAGAUCCAUUUCCUGUCGUCGGGCGCCGCGGGAGGGUCUCGGCGUUAAUCGUUCUAUCCUGGUCCCCGUUGGGAAGAUGAUGGUU